AUGAAUCAAAGAAAGUGUGCACUUGAGCUCAUUUCAGACUCAAGUUUGAGUGGUUCCAAGACCAUUGCCACACCUGUUGAGCUAAAUCAAAAGUUUACAACUUGUGAGUUUAAUAAUCAUAUUGGUGGUCCUCCUGAUCCUGUCUUAGCAGAUCCAGGGAAGUAUCAAAGACUUGUUGGUCGACUGUUAUAUUUGACUAUUACCAGGCCGGAUAUUGCCUUUGUUGUCCAAAGUUUAAGCCAGUUCAUGCAUGCUCCUAAGCAAUCCCACUGGGAUGCUGCACUCAGGGUGGUUAAUUACAUCAAACAAGCUCCAGGUCUUGGGGUUUUAUUGUUCUCUUUUAGCUCAGCUUCACUCCAAGGUUUUUGUGAUGCUGAUUGGGGCCUUGUAUAA